UCCACUCGCCAACGCCUCCUCCUCACUCUCCACUUCUCCAGGGCGUUCCCCGGGAAAGAGAGAGGCAAGCAGCUACACGCGCGCGCAGCCGACGGUAGUGCAUACUCACUAAGCCAGCUUGUUGUUGCCGCGAUGAUGUCGUCCGUGCCGGAGACGUUCGCCAUGGACCAACACCUCGCGCAGCCGCCGGCGGAGCAGGAGCAGCUCUGCUACGUGUAUUGCAGCUACUGCGACACCAUCCUCGUGGUGGGCGUGCCGUGCAGCAGCCUGUUCAAGACGGUCACCGUGCGGUGCGGCCACUGCGCCAACCUGCUCUCCGUCAACCUCCGCGGCCUCCUGCUCCCGGCGGCCGCCGCUGCCGCCAACCAGCUCCCAUUCGGCCAGGCUCACCUUUCCCCCACCUCCCCACACGGCUUACUUGAUGACCUGACGUUCCAAGCGCCGAGCCUGCUGAGUGCUGAACAGGUGAGUCCCUGUGUGAGCACCAUCACGAGCGGCAACAACAGUUGUGGCGGCAACAGUGUAUUAGCCAUGUCGAUGGCGCCAACGGGGAAACCUGCACCGCAGGAGCCGUACCUGCCCAAGAGCGCGGCGUCAGUGAACAGACCUACAGAGAAGCGGCAGAGAGUUCCUUCCGCAUACAACCGAUUCAUCAAAGAUGAGAUCCAGCGCAUCAAGGCUAGCAAUCCUGACAUCACCCACAGGGAGGCUUUCAGCGCGGCUGCCAAGAAUUGGGCCCAUUUUCCACACAUCCAUUUCGGUCUGAUGCCGGAUCAGGGCCUGAAGAAGACCUCCAUCCAAAACCAGGACGGAGGCGAAUGCAUGCUUUUCAAGGACUGUCUCUACGCGGCCGCCGCCGCCGCAGCAGCAGCCACAGCGGCGUCUAGCAUGGGCAUUGCUCCGUUCUGACUUCAUCGGCCGGAAUGAUCGAUAGUGUUCAGCCUAUGUGUUUCAUUCUAGGGUUCUGUACGUCUUGGUCUCUCGAUAUCCCGUCGCUUGUUAUUUGUAGUGUUUCUCUCUGGAGGAUCGUGAAAUGUAUCGUGGAAUCGUAUCUAUGUGUACUCUUUCUUUUCUUGAUCUUCUUAUUCUGCUUCCGGCCCUUUUUUAAUUUAUGUAACCUAAAGAGGUUCCCAUGCGUAUGCUGCCUCUUA